GGAUUACCAAAGGUGGUUGAGGAUGACAUCAUUGAGGGGAAAACACACUGAACAUUGAGAGAUAUAGCAUGUGCAGCCUGUCAUUAAAACACACUUGGAUAAGGGCUCCCAAGAGCAGUAUCAGUUGGUGAAGUUCCGGAUUCUAGUUACUGACUACGUAGCAGAUCGAAUUAACGUCGUGCGUAAAAAAGGUUUAGGGGAAUAUCAUGCAAACACCAUGUGAACAAACCACAGCGGAGGAGAAGCUCAACAGUUCAGCAGGUACGUGGAAAUGGCGUCCCAUUUCCAUUUCCUCCGAUACAUCGCCAGCUUUGUUGACCAGGUGACGAACGGAAAAGAAGUGCUCCACAGAUGCUUGGCCGAUGCCCUACGAGUGCGAACUGUUCAAGAGGUGGAGCUUGGGAUGGAUGAUCGGAACAUGACAGCAAUGACCCAUAUCGAUGAAGAGGUCUCUGGAUUGGUGAUCCUGGCCAGACAUGAGAAAGCAAGGCUGGUUUGUGAGCAUUGGCUGAAAGACGAUAAGUGUGUCUUCGAGUUUGUGGCAAUUUGCACGAAGAACCUUGAGAAAGGUGUGUAUCGACAUUUCUACAUGAAGACAGAGGUUCAAGCUGGCAACAAAACACCUACACUUUAUGACAACAUCCCAAAGCGUGCCAUCAGAAAACGCUCGGACUACGAGGACUGGAACAUCGUCACCAUGGAGGUGGUUGCCAGCGCCGAAUUGGACGGAGGUUACGCAGCCAUGCGAAUCAGGACGAAGCACACUGGUCCAACAAAAGAGCGCAUUCGUGCUCAACUUGCAAUGUUGGGGGCUCCUGUCUUGAAUGACAAGGCAGUGAUGCCGGCUACGGUGAACAAGAAGGUCGCCAAAGCUGCCGGCCUUCUGCCUGCGAAAAGCAAGGGGGUGUCUUACCCCGCUUUGGAUAUUGUCCCCGCUCGUCACACAGACGAGUAUGAUGACUAUGGUGCCGUCGCCCAUGCGGUGGCCGCCGCCCCCACCCUGGGCGGUGCGGUAGACCCGGAAAUCUUGGAGAAGCCGUACGGAUACAUGCUGCAGUUGCUGCCUGAGCAGAAGCUUGCAGCCAGCAGGGGCAUUCCACAAACACCCCGAACAAAAGUGCCUGUGGCUCUCCACUUGGCACGCGUGGAGUUCGGUGGCCGUGUUGUCACAUGUGCUCCGCCACCCUACUGGCCAGAGGGCGCCGCUGCUGCUGUGGCAGUUCAACUGACCCUCAAGGAUAUUAAGACCAACAUCACGGAAUACCUGGUGUUGCAAGGAGGCUGGUCGACCAUCCGAAAGGUUGGUGGUGCCUUUGGGGUGAAGGCGAGGACGGAGCUGUUGGUUGAUGCAGACUCGCAUAGCAUCGAAGAAGUAAGGCAAGCGAUUCAUUGCCUAGAAGAUCAAGGCCGAAACGUCCGCACGGCGGUGUUUGCCGCUCCGGGCCGCGCCGACAAGAAGACCUGGGCGGUAUUUUUGCGGAACCCUGCAGUCCGAUUCCGAGGAAUCCAGCGGACCUUGGAUGGUUCUGGAGAGGCCAAUGACGAGGCCAUCUCCUUGGAGAUGCAGAAGCUAUCUCAACGUAGAGAUGUUGGUUGCAUAGCUUUGCUGACAUCGGAUUCGGGAUUUGGCAAAGUGCUUGCGGUUCUCAAGACUCGUGGGAUCCAAUUUCUGGUGCUUGUCCCUGAGAAGAAGCCUUUGGUGAUCAAAGCUUACAAAGAUCGAGGCCUAGAGGUUCUGACUCUUGCAUCCACGAGUGCAGCCACUGGCUCCAGGGUGAGAGCAAUUCUGCAUGGUGAUGGGACAGGGUCGGUGACUCUGGCAGAUCUUCAUCCAGGAGUUUUUGAUGAGCAACAGGCUGAACGUGUGAGAAACUUCCUUACGGACUUGGGAUAUGCACGGCCAAGCUUUGACACUGGAAGAGUGUACCUGCCACCUGCCUGUGCCAAGUUCUGGUUUACCAAUGCCUUGGGCUCACUGACCGUGUUUCCUCCACCCGUGCCUGUGAAGGAGGUCAUGUUGCAAUCUUUGCAGACCCGAUCUUGGAGACGCUACGAACACCAGCUGGCCUUUUGCUUGCCCACCUCUCCACGAAGUAAAUUGACCAAAGACUGGGUCAAGGCCUACGGAAACAGGCAAGCACGUGCAGUUUAUAAGGGUGGGGGUCCCUUCAUCUUGCCCGAUUCGCCCAACCUCACAUUUCAAGCCUUGAAGAGACUGGGGUAUCUGGAUGACAAGCUGAACACCGAUGAAUUUGAAGCCAUGUUAUGCUUUACAAACAAUUCACACAACAAGAUUGUACUCAGACAGUUGCACUUGUUGCCUGAUCCAGCAGACCACACUUCCGAUGUGAAAGAGAAACUGCGGGCCGCGUUUUUGUCUGAUUCUUGCCCGUGCCAAUGGCUCUGCAUGCCCUCGUGGAAUUCUCAGUCCGGCAAGAACGUGGAGCUUUUGGGCAUCCUUGAGCGAGCAGGAGCCCUUGAUGGGUCAGCCGCAGAUUCCCAAGAGGCUCUCUUUGAGGUAAUGCAAAACUAUGCCAGACAGGAGGACUUGCCCCCCAUGCGAAGCUUCAAUGGUUUGCUGUGGAGGAUUUUCCGGCACGAGAAGAAAGAUGGUGAUCCCAACCUCAGGAGUGUGCUGGAAUUCAGUAGAUAG